GACCCAGGGACCGCUGAACAGUGAAUGACGGGGUCCCCACAGAGCCCUGGUCCUGUCAUCAUCCCUCAGAGAUCCUGCAUAAGGCAGCCAUAGCCGGAAGUGUCUCCGCAAAACUUCCGUGCUGGUGGGAAGAGCUCGGACUGAUGUUCAGUGCAUUUGUGUGGCUAGGAGUGGAUUCCCAGGACUGAGCUGAAGGCAAGGUGCCCCAAUCCCCUAUUGGCCCAGAUUCCUGCCUGCGGUUCCUGUCCACAGUCGUCAUGCCCCGUGGGCAGAAGAGUAAGAACCGUGCUCGUGAGAAACGUCGCCAGGCCCGGGCUGAGACCCAGGGUCUUCAUGAUCAGGCAACCACAUCUGGGGGAGAGGAGACUGCCUCCGCCUCCCUUCCUGAUGCAGAGAGCGCUCCCUCAAGCUCAUCUGCUGCUGGCACCCCCAAAGGGCCUCAGGGAGCCCAAGGCACCACCAGUGCUGCUACAGGUGCUGUACGCAAAAGAUCUGGUGUCAGUGGCAAAGCACGCUCAAGAGCUGGUGCAGGUGGCAAAGCACGCUCAAAAUCUGGUGUAGGUGCCGAGGGCCAGGUUCAGGGAGGUGAAAAUUCCUCCCAGGCCUCAGCUGCUGAGAGUGCUCGCACAGAUCUUCUGACCAGAAAGGCAGAGAUGUUGGUGCAGUACAUGCUGUAUAAGUAUAAGGUGAGGGAGCUCAUUAAGAGGUCCGAAAUGCUGAAGGCAGUCAAUAAAAGGUACAGGGAGCAAUUCCCUGAGAUCCUCAGCAGGGCCUCUGAGCGCAUGGAGCUGGUGUUUGGCCUGGUGCUGAAGGAAGUCAGGCCCAACAGUCACUCCUAUACCUUGGUGAGCAACCUAGAUCUCGGCAACAGUGAGUCUAUGAGAGGUGAUUGGGGGCUGCCGAAGAAUGGUCUUCUGAUGCCUCUGCUAGGUGUCAUCUACCUGAAUGGCAACCAUGCCCCUGAAGAGAAGAUCUGGAAGUUCCUGAAUAUGCUGGGCAUCUAUGAUGGAAGAAAUCACUUCAUCUUUGGAGAGCCCAGGAAGCUCAUCACAGAAGAUCUGGUGCGGGAAGAGUUCCUGGAGUACCGCCAGGUGCCCAGCAGUGAUCCCCCUCGCUAUGAGUUCCUGUGGGGUCCUAAAGCGCUCGCAGAAUCCAGCAAGACCAAAGUCCUGGAGUUUUUGGCCAAGGUCAACAGUUCCGCCCAUACUGCCCUCCCGCCGAAUUAUGAGGAGGCUUGGAGAGAGGAAGUAGAGAGCACCAGAGCCAGAGCUGCAGCCAGUGCUGGCCCUUCUGCCUCAGCCAGUGCUGGCCCUUCUGCUUCAACCAGGUCUGGCACUACUGCCUUGGCCACCGCUGGCCCUUCUUCCUCGGCUACUGCGCACCCCAGGGCCGCAUCCAGCUGCUCAUCUCACCCCUAGUGUGGUCUGAAGCCUGUUCACUCUGUGGCCGGAGAAGCCUGUCAACCUGUGUUCCUGAUAUGCAUCAAUAAUUUGUUGACUUUAUGUCCCCCAAUUUCCAGUUCUUAAAAUUUUUCAACAGAAAGUUUAUUUAGAUUCAUGACAUAAGUAUAUGAAUAACAUGGGUCACACACAGUUUGCUGUUUGUCUAAUUUAGCAGUAAGAAUUUUGUUUUCUGAAAUAAAUAUUGGAAAUCCUCACAUCACUUUUGUGAUCCAGGAUGAGAAUAACAUCACUUUAGGAUAAGAGUGUCCUUAGAAAUGUGAAAGUCACCACACUAAUGGAGGCUCAGAACAUCGAUACAUUGUUAGGGAGAUAGCUGAAAUUUCUUCCUUUUUGGCUUGCUUUAACUCUGUGUUUAGUCUCCCUUUUCGCAAAUGUAAAAGAUACAUACUUGCAUCUGCUUAUGGUUUAUGUUUUUCAAGAAUGUUUGAGAAUAUAAAUGACAGCAAAUGAUUUAUUCAUGACUCUUCUUUUACACAAACAUUGAGAAUCUGCUCUUAAGAAGUCUUCAUGCUUCUACUGGUGAUGUUUAGUCAAAAAAAGUCCUAGCCUCUGUCCAUUCAUUAUAGUUUCUCAGAGAUGCUGUCAUUCUAUGGAAGAGGCUGAGAUACUCUCUACUUCAAGAAGAACAAGAAAGAAGCAGGGUAAAGAGGGGUUGGAGAGAACAUACUGUAUUGGUUUCAUUACUAAGCGGAAUUU